CCAUAUAUUUUAUGAUAUAUUUCCUAAAUUUUCCUCACAUUUAUCCUAUAUUUAUCAUUUUUUCCUUUAUAUUAUGUUUUUUCUGCCUUUUUUCUUUUUUUCCCCUCAAAUUUCAAUUUUUAUGGGCCACAUGUACUAGUGGGCCGGCUACCAGCCCACGUGCCACUACAGUAGCCGUGCCGGCCCGGCACGGCCCAGCACCUUCUUGGGCCGUGCUUGGGCCGUGGCCUUGGCACGUGGGCCGGCACGGCACGGCCCGCUACAGGAGCCGUGCCUAACGGGCCGUGCCCUAGUGGGCCGUGCCGUCGGCGUGCCGUGUCGUGCUGGGCCGGGCCGCCCGUUUGGCCUGCUAUAGGACACGAAACCCACGGACCCGAAACCACCACUCACACGACGACACGUCCCCUCCAAACUCGGGACACUCGCUCCCUCACACAACAGUGACUCGUCGCCGCCGUCCAGAACCCCAAACCAAACCCUAGCCGGCGGCGUCGUCGGAAUCCAUGGCGGAAGGUGCGCCGAUCAUCUACCUUGACCCCGCCACGGUGGCGGAAGCGCGCCGCCGCGGCGACGACCCGCGCAAGCUGGAGGAGUGCACCAAGUACUUGAUGACGCACAUCUACGGGUUGCUCCCUGGCCCACCCGUACCCAUCGCCGCCGCCCGCACCCACGCCGCCUGCGCCGCCGCAGCCUCCGACGGCGUCGACCGCAUCAGCGCCCUCCCCGACGCGAUCCUCCGCAACAUCGUCUCCCGCCUCCCCGUCAAGGACGCCGCGCGCACCGCCGCGCUCUCCCGCCGCUGGCGCCCGCUCUGGCGCUCCACGCCGCUCGUCCUCGUGGACGCCCACCUCUUCCCGCGAGGUCGAAGCUUCGGUGUCUCCGCCUCUGCCCCGACGCGCGCCGACACGCCGGGCAUCGUCGCCGCCGUGUCCCGCAUCCUCGCCGCGCACCCGGGGCCAUUCCGCUGCGUCCACCUCCUCUGCGGCUUCAUGGGAUCGUACCAGGCCCAGCUCGAGCACUGGCUCCGGUUCCUCGCCGCCAAGGGCGUCGACGACCUCAUCCUCGUCAACCGCCCAUGGCCGUUCGAGGCGGCUCUCCCUGCCGCCAUCCUCCGCAUCUCCACCCUCACCCGCCUCUACAUCGGCAUGUGGAAGUUCCCCGACAUUGCCGGCCUCCCCACCAACACCGCCUUCCCCAACCUUCGCGAGCUCGGCAUCUACGCCGUCGCCAUGGAGAAGGAGGGCCGCGAGGUCGAGUUCAUCGUGGCGAGAUCCCCCGUGCUGGAGACCCUCAACAUCCAAGGAGGCAACACGCAGGUGUUGCGCCUCCGCCUGGAGCACCGGAGCCUUCGUUGCGUGCAGAUCUGCUCGUGUUGCGUGGAGAAUCUCGCCGUGGUGGACGCGCCAUGCCUCGAGCGGCUCGUGCUCUAUGAUUCUUUGAGCAAGGAUGACUCCUGCGUCAGGGUCAAGAUCGUCCAUGCCCCCAGGCUGCGCUUGUUGGGAAACUUGGAGACAGGAUUCCACAUGCUGGAGAUCCAUGACACCUUUGUCAGUGCUGGGAUCAGGUCGAGCCCAAGCGCAUUGUUCACGAGCGUCAAGAUCCUGGGGUUGAAUGUGAAUUUUGGAGUCAGGCAUGAUGCCCAGAUGCUGCCCAACUUCCUCAAAUGCUUUCCCAAUGCUGAGUCCCUGCAUGUUGUGUGUGCAAAAUGUUCUGAAGCCACCAGCUUGGUAAGCCCCAAUUUCUGGGAUGAUGCUGGCCCAAUCGAAAGCAUCGUGUCCCAUGUCAAUGUGCUUACAUUCCGUGAAUUCAAAGGGGAGGCCAACGCGAUAUCCUUCCUGAAGUACUUCGUCCAGAAUGCGCAGAUGGUGAAGAAUGUGGCUGUGGUGUUGGCCAAUCCACAAUUCACUUCAUACUCCAUUGAUACGCUCUGGACAGCGAAGAUCCUCAAAUCUGUGAGAUGGGCCAGUAAGAUCUCUUCAAUGCAGGUCUAUAGGAGCGAUGACUCAGAAGGUGGUCUGAUUUGGAGCUUUCAGAGAGGAUCAGAUUAUUCUAUCCGUGACCCUUUUGUGUACUAGGAACCAGAGGUGCCUACAUAUGUGAUCCAUCCAAGCUCAGUUUCUCUGAAAGUUGUUAGUGUUAUGUUUGCAGGAUAGGUGUAUCUACAUCUCCACAUGCAAGGCAUUGUUUUUUGUUGUUGGCAUGUGCUCAAGACUGGACAGGGUUUUUGGUCUCAUUAGUAGUGUAGUACGAUUAGCUUUAAUUUAGUAGCAAGUUUAUUCUAGCCAACAAGUGCCAUUCCACAGAGGUAAAUUUUGCUUGCUGCCUAACAACUAAAAAGUAAGAACUACUCUAUCUGGAAUUCUGGAUUCAUGCCUCUUCUUUGGUUAGCUAAGGCUUGAUACUGAUGUUACAUAAGUACGUGGCUUAAUGCUGAUGUGAAGGUGUGAUCUCAUUUCUGAGAGUCA